AUGACUUCGAAUUUGGAUUCUGAACAAAGAGAGAUAAUUCAGAACCUCAAAAGUAAAUUACAUGUUAUCAUAAGGAAAUUCAGGGACGUUUACAUCCAUAAAGAAAAGCUAAUUCCUUUGUUUACAGGAUUAAAAUUGCUUUAUCAAGCAUUAAGUGACGAAAAUAUAGAGAAGCAUCAGAAAGAAUUUCCCGCAAUAAAUAAAUCUACAUUUCGAGAACUAAACAACACUCUUAUAAGCUUCGAUAAUUUCAUCUCUCAAUUAUCAGCGUCAGAGUACUAUACUUAUCUUUCAACUAAUCCACCAAACCGUGCAUUGACUGAUAUCCUACAGUUCUGCCAAGAUUUCAACGACAUAGCUUCGAAUUUUCCCUUAGAAACAAACGUUUUAAUUGCUUUCGAUCAGGUCUCAUUCGAAAAGCUUAAUGAAAUUGAUAUAGAAGCUAUUAUCAAUAGAUUAAGCGAAUUAGAACAAAAAAGCGUCGUAAGAAAUUUAAUUUCUUCGUUUCGACAUUCGACAACCCAGCUACCUAAAAUUGACAAAGACGAUGAUUUUAUUACCUUUUCCGAUAUUGAGAGCUAUCUUGUCAAUUUCAUUACUUUUCAUCUUAAUAAUGACGAUUUUGAAGUCCAUAAGAAAAUCGGAUCAAAUGAAUACUGCGAAGUUUUCUGUGCAUCUCAGAAAUCUACAGGCAGAAUUGUUGCGAUGAUGAAAUUUUUAUCGACAAAAUUCAGUAAUUUAACAUUUUCUAUUCUCAAAUCAGAAAUAAGAACACUCUCAAUACUCAACCAUCCAUCACUUCUAGGGUUUUACGGCUUCGGAACUGAUAAUUAUUACGCUAUUUACAGAGAGCACAUGCCAAACGGUAAUUUGAGCGAACUACUACGGAAUAAUUCUAAUCUUAAUACAACACAGCUAACUAUCAUCAUUCUAGGCAUUUCUUUCGGUUUACAAUAUCUUCAUAACAAUCAUAUCAUUCACCAGAACUUGAGUUCAGAAACAAUUUACUUAGAUUCAGAUUUCUAUCCGCAUAUAGCUGAAAUUGGAAGCGGAGAUAGCAAUGAUUCUAUUUUUGUUUCAGAAAAAGACAAUAUCUCAGCUUACGGACGAAUUCUGUGGGAAAUAAUUACAUACGGAUCAGGCCCAGAACACAGAGAGAAGUCCUCUUUGGUUAUUCCAAGCAUUGCUACGAUAAAAUUAUGUAAAAUAAUUAGAUCAUGCCAGGAAUCGAAUCCCAAUCUCAGGCCAUCACUCAAUGAUAUUCUUAAGAACAGAAAAGAGCUUUAUUUGAACGAUGUCGAUGAAAAUGUCGUUGAAGCUUAUGUUUUCAGAAUUACGAAUCCAAAUGAAGAGGAAAGACCGAGAUCGACAAGGCCAAAGGAGUUUAACAUGGUUAACUUGCUCGAAUCAGCCUCCACUAACGACAAAGACACAAUUAACUCUUUAAUCACUUUAAACGAAAUUGCAAUUGACGACAGGCUUAAAGUAUCACUUACAAUUGAACAGAACCUCCGAAAGAUUGUUGAAAUCGUCACUAACUGCGAAUCCGCUCAAAAAACCGCCCAAAUUAUUAAUUUAUUGGCCAGUUUAUUCAAAGAGAAGGAAACAGCCAGGAAAUUAUGCGACUAUGGCGUUGUACCUCCUCUCAUGAACAUUUUCAUGAGAUUUGGUAACACAACGACUCCAUCAAUUUUAGUUUGCCUCAAAGUCAUAAUAGAGACAACCGAAAUCCAGUUUACAAAACGUAAUUUCGAAAAACUGUCAGCUUUCUUGACUUUCGGAAACAUACAAGUGAGAACUUCGAUGAUGGAGUUGUUAUUAGACAUUGUCGAGAGGAAAGCUUACGUUAACGAGGACGUAAUAUCCACAUUUAUUCCAAAGAUCAUAGAAAACAUCAUUCCGGAGAUGCCGUACACGAUGUUGAAAAUUUCGAUAAAAUUAUUGUCGAAAUUGAUGAACAUUGAGAAGAUCUUUGAAAGAAUCUGCAGAUUUGAUGGUCCAACAGCUGUUCUACAGAUCGCAACUGUCAAAUAUCCCGAUAUUGUCACAGAAAGUAUAAAUUUCUUGACAAAAGCUCUUCAAAAAUGGAUUGUUUCGCUUAAAUUCAUUUCAAAGUUCACGAGGAGCUUCGGAGAUAUCAUUGCCGCCACGAGCGAAGAAGAUAUCAUGAAAGUAUUCCAGUUAAUGGACGUUGUAAUGAAACAUGAUGCAGCGUACUCCGAAAUUGGCGACCAAACAAACUCUAUUUCCGCUUUCGAAGACUUGAUCACGUCGAGAAACAUCGAAAUCCGCGUGAAAUCUCUUCAAAUUGUUUUCCAAUUUUUGAAGUCAAAAGUUUCAUGUGACGAAUUCGUUCCUUUGUUGCAGACUUUCUUCUUAAUCAUUUCGGAAUUCAAAGAUGAAACGACUUCUUACAUUUCCAUGCAAUGCAUUGUUUUAAUUGGUGGAAAUCCGAACGCUGAUUUAAGUCUGAUGAGUAAUGCGAAAAUUUUUGAUUUUAUUUCGUAUUCUUUCUACUCAAACUCAAUCAGAUUGCAAGAGGCGUCAUUGAGAAUGAUAGGAUUGAUGGCGUCAAGGAAGGAAUGCAUCAAUUUCGUUGUCGCUUGUGGUUUCAUUCCUCGAAUUUUGAAUUUUGUUCACAACGAAAAUUUGUUGUUGAAAGAAUUAUCUUAUAUGUGUUUAGCUACAUUUACUAAGUCAUCGCAAGCAAUUGACUUGAUGGAUGAGAUUGUACAAGCUGUGUUAAGCGAAUCAAUCACUCCUCAAGUCAUUCAGUUCGUUCUGAUGAUUGUUAUGAACGCUGCAAUUUGGCCGCAAUGUUCUGUUUUGAUUGUUGGAAAAUUACCAUUGAUAAUGAAGAUGACUGAUACAAGCAAAUACAGCUAUUUACUUGUAAUUAUCGAGAUGCUUUUGAAUAGCAGAGAAGCAAGAAAUGUAAUGGAACAAGAGUGCUGCCAAAUGGUGCUGAGAUUAGUCAAAGAAACAAGAACUUCUGAAAUGGAAUUGCAAUCUGCAACAAUUUUUGAAUUGUUGACAUUAGUUAAAACGGCAAAACCAGUGAUAAAAGAAGAAGUUUCUUAUUACGAAGAAGCUGUAAAGACAAUGGAUGUUUCUUCACCAUUGAGACCAAUUUAUCUUAGAAUAUCUACGAGGAAACUUUGA